CGACGUCAGUAAACUGGAAAAUGGCUCAGUCGAAGAGUGAUGCUAGGUUAUCGCUGGAAAUCCGGACAAAAUCUGUGGAGCAGACUCUCAUUCCACUGGUCACACAGAUAACCACAUUGGUAAACCACAAGGACCGUCCAAAGGUCACGGAUAAGACUGCGAAGGCACUGAUCCGUGUCGGACAGGCUGUGAGUUUGGCUGUUGACCGUUUUGUAAUAGUUGGUCAGUCCAUCGCUGAUGACAAUGACGACAUCAGACAAGAUAUGUGUGAAGCCUGUGAGGAGGCAAGAUCUGCAGGUGUUAGUAUCCAGAAACUGACCUCUGUUGACCGAACUUCCAACUACUCAACUCCGAAAACCUUCACAGAAAAGACGGCAAUGGUGAGGGCAGCGCGUCAGCUUUUGUCAGCCGUCACCCGUGUCCUACUACUGGCUGACAAGGUCAUCGUCAAACAGCUGCUUCUUUCCAAGGACAAGGUACUCUCUAGUCUAAAUGAGUUGGACACUGUGACGACCUUCACCGACUUUGUCAACUGCUUCAGUCGCUUUGGUAAUGAAAUGGUGGAGCUGGCUCAUCUGACCGGGGAUAGACAAAAUGAUUUGAAGGGAGAGAAGCAGCGUGCUCAGAUGGGAGCGGCCCGGGCUAUCCUAGAGAAAUCUACCAUGAUGCUGUUGCCUUCCUGUAAAACUUGUCUUCGCCAUCCUGACUGUGAUACCGCGCGACUCAAUAGAGAAGGUGUGUUUGUCCAGAUGAGGCGUGCCCUGGACAUGAUCCACUACAUAGUAACGGAAGGUGGCACCGGCCAGGUGAAUGGUCAUCCGUGCUCGCUGAAUAACGGAGAUUCCGGUAUAUGUCUCGAUAACGCUCAUCACUCCACCAGUCGUUCCAUCAGGGAGUUUGAGGACCUAGUGGAGAUGACUCGGGUGACUGGCCUGACCAGCUCCAGCUCUCCGGACAAACUGACCAGUGCCUUGGACGUGGUGGUGGAGACCGCUCAGGACUUUACUGAUUCUGCCUACACACCACACGAGAACCGAGAGAAAAUCAUUGACACACUUAACUGUAUGAGAGCUGAACUCCAAAUCCUCAUCAAUGCUGGCCUAAACCAGAGGGACCUGAAUGUGAGCCUUGACAUGGAGACAGCCAUUCUGAAGACGGUGUCAGUAUCCAAACGUUUAAACAAACUGCUCCAAGAUACUGCAAUGGAACAGGCCUCGGAUCUGUUCAAGACAAAUGAGGAUCAUGAGCUUUUGAAAUGUCUCAAGGGUGCAGGGAUCGCUGGGGAGGCUGAACGAGUAGAGGAGCUCACUGUCAAGUUUGAGGAGCAUAUGGAACAACUUGAGGAGGUAUGUAAGCUGUUCCGACACAUUGCUACCACAGAGCCUCUAGUCAUCGCUGCAGAUCAUAACGACUCUAUCAUUAGGACUAUAGGACCACUGACAAUGAUGGCGGCAAAAACCCUCAGUCAGUAUCCAAAUAGUAAGAUCGCCAGAGAAAACCUGGACACGUUUUCCGAUGCUUGGGAGUCCCAGAUUAAUGACCUGUCUGUUCUUGUUAAAGAGGUCAAUGAUGUGUGUCAAGGACGCAUGGACAAGCCAGUGUACCUAUCCCUUCCCAGACCGGGGGUGACACCAUCUUCUCCUGUAAAGCAUGGAACCACUUCUCGUGGCCUGAGACCGGUCAAGCUGGACGCGGAGGAACAAGCCAAGAUCGCUAAGCUCGGCCUGGAGAUGAAGUUGAUCACAUCAGAAAUGGACGCUGAGACGGACAAGUGGGAGGAGCCGGAUAACGAUAUAGUGAAGCGUGCCAAAAACAUGUCGAGUAUGGCAUUUAGUAUGUACCUAUUUACCCGAGGGGAGGGGCCACUUAAAACCACACACGACCUCUUCGUACAGGCCGAGUAUUUUGCUGAGGAGGGCAACAAACUCUACAAGACUGUGCGAGAGUUUGCAGAUCGGGUGCCUCUUUGUGUACAUCGGGAAGAAUUGCUGUCACAUCUCGACAGGAUUCCUUCCUACUGCCAGCAGCUUCAGGCCACGCUAAAGUCUCCUACGUAUGGAAAGUCAGCCACAUUUAACAAGGUGGACAGUGCUAUACAGGAGACGAAAAACUUGAUGAAUGCCAUCGCAAAGGUUGUCACCACCAGUUUCAUCUGUGCUACUAAGUACAACAUUGACUAUCGUCGCUCACCAGGGGGCAGUAGAAGAUGGCGUAGCCAGUCGUCGGCUGAUGCACGUUCCAACAGCUCUGACAAUGAGUCGGUGUAUAGCAGCUCAGCUGAUGGGAUGCAGCGGAGUUCAUCAUCAAGUCGACAGUUCUCCAGCAAUAAUAGCCUCGACAGAGCAUGACUGGAGGCGGGGCUAGAAUGAGUCUGCUGGGGUCAAAAGGUCAACGACUGCUGAUGUCAUCAAUUCAUCAAAUAUUGACUGCUGACUCUCAAAUGAAAGAAUGUGAUUGAUUUAGAGCAUGUUUUGUCAAUAUUUAGAUUUAGGGGUCAAUAACUGGGUCAAGAAGGUCAGUACCAUAAACUGACCAUGAAGGCUGUGAGGUUAAGUUCUGUCGGCCAGGAGACUGACAUCCCGAGACAAGGUCAUACAUGAUUAUUAUACUUUUUGUCAAGGUCAGAUGAGAUUGGAUAAGAAAAAGCAUGAUCAUAAAAUGUUUAAUACAGGUUAUGUUACUUGGAUUACUACCCAUUCACAGGGGACAGCUAGAGUUAUUCCCCUUUUACAGAUGAGCGACUAGAGUUAUUCCCCUUUUACAGAUGGGAGAGUUAUACAAGAGGAAGGGCUGGAAGGCUGAAGUUAUUGCUCUUUUGCAGGAGAGAAACUGGUGUCAUUCCCUUGUUCAAAGGUUAAAGUUACAUAGAAUAAUGUUACCAAUUUACAGAAGAAUGACUAGAGUUAUUCCCCUUUUACAGAUGUGAGAGUUAUAUAUGAGGAAUGCUGGAUUUAUUGCUUGGAAGGCUGGAUUUAUUGCUCUUUUACAGGAGAGAAACUGGUGUCAUUCCUUUGUUUAAAGGUUAAAGUUAAUAUAGAAUAAUAUUACCAAUUAACACGGGGCAUUUUCAGUAAUUUCCCUCUUACAGAACAAUAACGAGUUAUUCCCCUUCUACAGAUGAGCGAGUUGGUCUUUGUUUAUGUGAGGAAAGCUGAAGUUAUUUAUCUUUUGAGAGGAGAAAAACCGGAGUCAUUCCCUUCUUACAGGAGAGAGAAACUGAAAUUAUUCCUAUUUAUAUGUACACUAGAGGACUAGAGUUCUCCUUUACUUUGAAGGAGGCUGGAGUUACUCCCCUUUAACCUGAGGAUGACUGCAGAGGCAGGAGUCACACCUCUUUUACAGGAGGGAGGCUGGAGUUACUCCCCUUUAACAAAAGGAAGACUGCAGAGGCAGGAGUCACACCUCUUUUACAGGAAGAAGGCUGGAGUUACUCCCCUUUAACGUUAAGGAAGAUUUCAGUUAUUUUCCUUUUGUACAAGGGGAUUGGAAUUACUCCCCUUUUCCAUUUGAAAGCCACAAAUUAUUCCUAUUUUGUAUUAAUGGACCCUAAGAUGGUCCCCUUUUCCUAUCUGUGAAAUAUGGUGUGUUAUUAUUUUGUUUGAAAGGCUUGUGUUCACAAUGAUAGACGUCUAUAUUAUUAUAUACAUAUUUUACAUAUUUUUUUGUUGUAAUCUUGCCAUUUUAUUUACAAGGCGUAUAUAUAUUUUGUUGUUGUUGUUGUCAUGAUUUAGAUCAGUAAUUUUACCUGAUAGGGUAUGUGUUUGAUUAUUAUUUAUUCCAUUUUUAUUAUCGGAAAGACAGAACCUGCCUUUACAGGUAAAAUAUCAUAGAUACUACUUCGCUGACACUUGUAUACACUGCCUCACACAGCAUCUACAUAAUGACACCCACAGUAUAGAAAUAGGUCUAAUCAACAGCUUCCUCGGAAAAAAAAAUGGUAAAAAUGAUCACUUUAAACCCUGAAGUUAUCCGAUUCAUAGAAAAUAUACAGGUGGAGUAUGGUAGAAAUUCUUCACGAUCCAAUUAAGUAUUUAUCCUCUUUAAAUUUAAAAGAUGAUAUAUAUUAAUAUUUAAAGCUCAGAUUUUUGGAGAGUGAUAAUAGUAUAUGGUAUGUAAAUUUCUGUAUUUCAUGAAAAUAUUUAACAGUUUGUAUUUUUUUUCAAUUGAUCAUCAUCAUCUUUGUCGGAGAUGUAGCUUCUUUAUCUGUGCAGAUAAAUCUUGUUAUAAUGCCACAGUUUUACAUGAAGAAUGUUGGCAUUAUAACAGGUUUCCUCAUGUUGGUUCUGAAUUUUUUUUU